AAAGAAAUAUUAUCAGCAGCAAUGACAGAAAAGAUUGAUAGAAAAACUUCAACAGACGAUAGUUACCACGUAAUUAAAAAAACCAAGCUUCUGCCAUAUGUGAGGCUGAAGCUGGACUACUGAGUCAGCUCCGGCAGGGGGCCAACUAAGAUGACAUGAGGUUUAAAAGCUAUUAACAACCUUGUUUGCCAAAUCAUUAGAAGGGACGUAGCAAUCACAAGAGGACAUCUCUCCCUCCAACAUUACACCCAACCUGUUUUGUACACCAACAACUCACUCUUCGUCAUUUAUAUAAAACCACCAUUAUUUCCUAUCAAUUCUCAUCCCCCACACAAAUGGCCACAAUGUUGUGCCUUUUCUUUCUAGUUUGUCUAAGCUUUCCGCAAUUCCUUACCAAUGCACAAGCACCAGCAGCCACACCAUCUAACUUGCCGACUACAACCCCGGCUGCACCGUCAAAUUUGCCAACUGCAACACCGCCUCCUACCACACCAUCUGCACCAUCCAAUUUGCCAACUGCAACACCGCCUCCAUCUAGCGUACCAUCUGCAGCGACACAGCCGCCACUAAGUGCAGCAACCCCCCCACCUGCCACAACUCCCAUAUCAUCACCACCUCCUAAAGUUGCACCAACUGUAAGUCCAACUGUCCCACCCCCUCAAAUUCCGCCACCACAAGUUACACCUGUCUCAACUCCAUCGCAGCCACCAGCAUUGCCACCACCACCAGCCACUUCACCCCCACCUCUAGCACCAGCUUUACCACCACCACAGAUAUCCCCAUCACCAGUCCAAGCACCACCAGUGCCAGCCCCUGCAAAGGAGCCUCCAGCACCAACACCAGCACCUGUGCUACCACCACCAACACCAGCACCAGCACCAGUUAAAGAGGCACCAGUUCCAGCACCGGUCUUAGUGCCCUCACCUGCUCCAGAACCCGUCAAGCACAAGCACAAGAGGCAUCACGGGCACAAGCACAAGCAUAAGAAGCAUCAUGCACCAGCACCAGCACCAGCAUCAACUGUUCGAAGCCCCCCAGCACCUCCUACAGUGGCAGACUCGGAGGAAACAACACCAGCACCAUCACCAAAUAUGAAUGGAGGACAGGCACUACAUCAGCGGGGAGGAAGGUCUGGAAGGUGGAUGACCACAGGAGCAGCAAUUGCCAUUCUGCUGGCUAUUACAUGAU